AUGAGUCCGCACAAUCUUUAUGGUCACUUCGCGACGACUGUGACUCUUUUCAACCACCAAUCAAUCACAAUCCCGAUCUUUCCAGAAUUCUCAGAAGCAGCAAAUCCCACAUUCACAACGCAUCAGUCAGUCUGCCCAACAUGCGUCCCAGUCACAGUCAAGCCUGGAGCAACCGAUGCCACUGUCGUGCUCGCAACAACACUCGAUUCAUAUGCGACGACUCUCCUUGCGCAGGGCGACUCCUGGCAACAUUGGAAACUGAAUGUAUCACCGACUCCAACUACCAUCUUCAACACGCACACGGCGCCACUGAGUAACCAACCGCAGCGUGCUGCCACAACGAGCGCUGUCUUGUUAAUCUGCGUUGACACUUGUGCUCCUACUACAGCUCUUGUAGCAGCGCCAACCAUUCUUACAACUACAGUGCCGACGAUCAAGCCACAAGCAACGACGAAUCUCAUGGGAGACUACAUUCUUCACGGCAUAGGAGCUGGAUGGGGCCGGAGUGAGGAUACUUCAUGA